AUGAAAGCCAACCAUUACACUCAGCAAGACAUUAAAUUAGCCUAUCAGUUAGUCCAAGAAGACUUGAUUAAUUCACUACUAGCCAUUAAAGAUGGCCAAAGUAUUAAAUUAGGUCGCUUAG